UUUGUUGUUUGUCGGAUCCUAUUAUUAGUCAUCUUCCCGUUGCAAUUUUCCAACGAAUCUUGUGAGUUUCUACCCUUAUUGUAAUAGUCCAGAAAUUUUCCUCCAAGAUUCUCACAACUGUCACCGCCCUCACAAUAUCCGCUUCCCCUAUUCUUACAAAUUCUGCUUUCUUGAUAUCUCUGUCAAAAGAUUUGCAUUUUCUUCCCAUACCCAUUGAUCUGGUCGCCAAAAUCCCACUCCGUUCGUCUCUGGUACAUAUGAUGUGCCGUAUGUUUUUCUAGAGGUUUUGACCUGAUAAUUUGAUAAUUGGAAUCGGAGAAGGGAAAUAUUGAAAGAUAUUACAAGAAUGGUGUUUUGGGAAGCGUAUAUCAGUGAUGAAUCAAUGGGUACAUUUGCCCCACUAGUGGUGUAUUGGUUGUACGCCGGGUUUUAUCAGCUUCUUCCUCCUCUAGAUAAGUAUAGGCUGCACUCAAGAACUGAAGAAAAUGAGAAAAAUUUGGUGCCACUAAGAUCUGUGAUCAAAGGUGUUCUUCUCCAACAAUUUGUUCAGGCCGUCGUUGCAGAAUUGCUCUUCUUGGUAACUUCAAAAGCAAGUUCUCCCGGACACACUGUUCAACCAUCUCUUCCUGUUCAAGUCGUGCAAUUUGUAGUUGCUAUGCUGGUCAUGGAUACAUGGCAGUACUUUGUGCAUCGAUAUAUGCACCAAAACAAGUUUUUGUACCGUCAUAUCCAUUCUCAGCACCAUAGAUUAGUUGUCCCAUAUGCCAUUGGAGCUCUUUACAACCAUCCGUUGGAAGGCCUUUUGUUAGACACAUUUGGUGGUGCUAUAUCCUUCCUUAUUUCUGGAAUGACAGCCCGUACUGCUGUUUUCUUCUUCUGUUUUGCUGUUAUCAAAACCGUUGAUGAUCAUUGUGGGCUCUGGCUGCCUGGCAACAUCUUCCAUCUGCUUUUCCAAAACAACACUGCUUACCAUGACAUCCAUCAUCAACUCCAAGGUACAAAAUUCAACUAUUCCCAACCCUUCUUUUCCAUUUGGGACAAACUGCUGGGAACAUAUGUACCAUAUACACUUGUAAAGCGGCCGGAAGGGGGUUUCGAGGCGAGGCUGAAAAAGGACUAGUUACAUGUGACCUUUAGUCUCCUCUCGAUUGUUACAAUCAGAUCUCCGUUGGGGUUGUGCCACUCUGACUUGAGAGUCUCAUAGGUUCUCCAGUAGAAGUUCUGUAUGUUAGUGGGAGUAGAAUCUGUAGCUCCAGAGUUAGAUUGAUUUAUUCUUUCUCCCAAAUUAUGACCACUGUGUACACAGUUUAUUUCUUCGUUAACUGGCCAAUGAUUGUGACGGUUCAGUUAACACUUGUUGUGUAGUAGUAUCAAUCUUGUGGUCAGAUUUGGUCACAUCCUGAUAAGAUCACAUUCUGUUGAAAUUGUAUCUCUGUGGAUUUCAAGAUGAUGUAUGAAACUAGAAUGGUUGAUGAGGUUUGAGUA